AUUUUGUUUCCUUUUUAGGCCACUCUGAAGAUGCUAAUGCUGACUGUUGUUGUAUCUGUGUAUAAAAGCUUCUUUAUCAUUAUGGGAAUGUUCCUGUUAAUUUUGUUUUAUGCACUUACUGGUGUCCUUCUUUUUGGCACAGUGAAAUUUGGAGAAAAUAUAGGAAGACAAGCCAAUUUCCAGACUGCACCCAGUGGUAUAGCCAUGCUGUUUCGAAUUGUAACUGGAGAAGACUGGAACAAAAUUAUGCAUGACUGCAUGUUGAGUCCACCAUAUUGUACUCCUGGUGAGAACUAUUGGGAAACUGACUGUGGAAAUUUUACUGGUAGCCUAAUAUAUUUCUGCUCAUUUUAUGUCAUAAUCACGUACAUUGUUCUGAAUCUUUUAGUUGCUAUAAUCAUGGAAAACUUUUCCUUAUUUUAUUCAAAUGAAGAAGAUGCUUUGUUAAGUUAUGCUGACAUUCGUAACUUUCAGAAUACUUGGAAUAUUGUUGAUAUCCAGCAAAGAGGUCUUAUUCCAGUGCGAAGAGUGAAAUUUUUACUUCGAUUACUCAAGGGAAGACUUGAAGUUGAUCCUGACAGAGACCGGUUGCUUUUUAAACACAUGUGCUAUGAAAUGGAAAGAAUGCAUAAUGGAGAGGAUGUAACAUUUCAUGAUGUUUUGAACAUGCUAUCAUACAGAUCAGUUGACAUCAGAAAAGCGCUACAACUUGAAGAACUCCUAGCAAGAGAAGAACUAGAAUAUUUAAUUGAGGAAGAAGUCGCCAAGCAAACAAUACGCCAGUGGCUUGACAAGUGUCUUCGCCGAAUUAAAGCACAAAAACAACAGAAUAGUCUUAUUAAUAGUCUAAGAGCUACAACUGAAGCAUUGCUUGCGGGCUCUGAAAUUCUUCCAAAUAAGCCAGUUGCAUCUGAAAUAAAAGAGGAAGGCAAAGAAGAGGCUGCAGCUGCCUCAGUUAGGCAUCGUAAAAAGGGCCAGCUGCCCACAAGGUCGGACAGCAUUUCCUCCCAGGGUGGGAGAAAAUUUUUGGCCCCUUCCCUUUCUGAUGGAGCUGUCAGAGCUGAAAAGGACAGAUUUCAAAAUAAGAAAUGGAAUGCAAGACAGCCAGUUUCGAAAGGACUACCUGAUUUGAGUGAAAGUAGUGAAUUGUCCUCUCCCACUCCAGAAGAAGAAGAAGGAACAGUUCAACCACCAUCUCAAAAAAUGAGUACUGUUGUUGUGGAAGUACAUAGCUGGUGGAGCACCCAGCUUGGUUACACAAGUGGUUCAGAUGCUGAAGAUUGAUGUUGUGCCAAUCUGUGUUUAGAAGCUUUGCUUCUGUUGUGUGAUUUUAGAUCUAAUAAAAAUAUGUAUUGUUGUUUUA